UUCUUAUUCUGGUCAUGCACUGUCGCUCGCUUGCAACGUUAUAAGUGAGGGAGGUUGUUUCAACUUAAUGUACAUAAUCACGAUCUGUUCUUUUUAACGACUCGACAAAGUGCCUUAAGCUACUUCGACCAUGGCAGGGAUUUCCACGUGUAAUUCCCAAUGAAGGAACUGGAUCGUCCGCUCCUCGAGGGCCAAUCUGCUCUGUGUUACGGACUUCUUCGCUCUCAAACCCAAACGAAUGGACGGCUACCGUGAAGAAUGAAGCGCUCAUCAACUAACAGUUGCCUCGAGAGUUUUCAAGGUAUGAUCAACAUGGAGCAACGCCGUCUUUUCUGCAACCUGUGCUGAGUCAUCAUCAAUAAUGGCGAGGAGUGGACAGAAACGUCGACGCCGAAUCUUCUCGGCCGCGACGAGAUCAACACAAGCGACCGCGGGCUGGCCCAUCCGUCCUUGCGCGUCGGGGCAGCCGAAUGCCGGAGAGGAAAUCGCCACCGACCCUCGCCCGCGAGGUCUCUUUCUCUUCUUCGUCCGCAGGCGAGCUUCCUGAAAGCGAUCAACGUGGAGAUUGAGGGAUUGGGGAUUUCGAUUCGGCGACAAUACAAGGUUCAUUCUGAGCGACGUUACUUUCUCGCACUUAUAUUGGCACUUGUCUACUGACGAGGAGGAGAAGUAAAUGUAUCACAUACUCUCCUUACUCUUCAUCGUGCUUUUAGGGCGAUGGAUGGACGGGCGUUGAUUACGCAAGUUAAAUGCAAUGUCUCUGCCCCCUGCGUGUUCAGCCACUGCCGCUACAAGGUUAAGCGACUCUGUAUACGAACUUCACAAGCCAGGAGUUGAAUCACUGCUGGACGUUGUACUCUUUCAUGGCCUACAAUCGUCACACACCUCUGUAGCUCACUUAUCAACAUGGACGUCACGCGGUUGUCAAAAGGAAGUAUGGCCGAUGACCUGGCUCCCGGAAGAGUUCCCUGGAGCUCGGAUUCUGUCUGUCAAUUACGAUGCUUGUAUCACAACAUCGGCAGAGCAUGGAAGAUUAGACCUCUACUGCACAGCCGAAAAUUUGAUGAUAAAUCUUAUAUCUGCAAAGGUGGGGCAGGAUCCCUUGCGUCCAGUUAUACUUGUCGGUCACAGUUACGGAGGCUUGGUGAUAAAACAAAUGUGCCUCCAAGCGCACCUCAGCGAAAGCUUGCACCUCUCUAAGGAACAAAUGGCUGGAUUUCUGAACUGCGUCAAAGGAAUCUUCUUCUAUGGAACGCCCCAUCACGGAAUGUCAUCUUUCUUCAGUCCGAAUGGAACACACCUGAAAGAUGCUAGCCCUCUAGUGGACUAUGUGAAGCUGCUUUGCGCACAAUCAGCUCGCCUUCAUCAAGAUUUUGAUGCUUUACGGCUGUCCUACAAGUGGAGCAUUGCUGGAGUCGGAGAAUCGAAACCUACUAGGUUUACUAUUACCGAAGCGGGGUCUCAAGAUGAUCUUGCAGUUAGCUGUGAGAUGAUAGUAGAAGAGGCUUCAGCUCGGUACGGUGACUUCAGUAUGGAGCGUGAGGAUCAUGUCACCCUCUGCCAGCCCGAGAGCAGGACUUCAAAUACUUACACACGUCUGACAGCGUUCAUUCAAAGUAUUGAUGACAAUAAGGUGAAUUGGAGGAGGUCUCUUGAUAUUCUCCAGAGUGUGCCGAAGAUGGCAAUGAGCCUACGUUCUCACCUCUUCGAAGAGGUUCGAAACAUUUUACGCACAUUUCAAACAGUGGGUCUUUGCGGAAUGGGCGGUAUAGGGAAAACAACUUUCGCGAAACUGUUGUUCAACGAGUUGUGUGCUGAAUUUGAGUACACUUGUUUCGUGCUGAAAGGAGAUUACAUGGCAAUAAAACGCGGAGUGUAUUCGUCUAUGUAUCACCAUGGCAAACAGGUUGCAGGAAUUGGAAACGAGAAGUGGAAGCUGACUGCUUUGAGGCAGAAGACACUUCUUCUCGUCCUGGAUGAUAUUGACAAUGAUAGCCAUGUUGAAGUUCUCCAUUACAUAUCUUCGUUGAAUGAUUGUGCGAACAGUCGUUACAUUGUUACUUCCCGAGAUAAAGACAUUCUCAACAGGUCGGAUGCAUACGUGUUCGACGUGAAACUCUUGAAUCACAAGAGCUCCAAAGAGUUAUUUAUGAGCUACGCAUUUCCUUAUCCGACAGAACCGAAUCCAUCAUUGACAGGAUGUGUAGACAAGAUCAUCACAAAAUGUAACGGACUACCGUUAACCCUAGAGGUGAUGGGCAAGUAUCUGCGGAGGAGAGAGAGUGAAAGCAUAUGGAGGCAAUGUCUCGACGCUUUGGAUGAGGCAGAUAACGUAAACGGUUUGGACGAACAGUUGUGGAAAAAAUUGAGAGUGAGCUACGACCGUCUAAGUAGUCAGGAAAAAGAAAUAUUCCUUGAUGCUGCAUCUUUCUUCAACGAUUUCACCUGGAACCUGCGAGAAGCUAAAUCUUGCUGGCGUGUGCUCUAUGGCCGCGAACAUCUCCGAUGGCAGACUCUGGUAGAUAUAUCUCUCGUUUACGAUGAAGACGAAGCAGAACAUAUACAAAUGCAUGAGCAGUUGAGGUCUGUGGGAAUUAGACUGGCUUGUGGUUGGGGAACAGGUGGCAGAUGUAGGACUUGGACUGAGAAAAAUGUCCCCUCGAUGUUUAAUUCCUCAAACUACGAUGACAGGAUUGCAAAACGACAACUCUAUUCAAGUGAUACAAGUCCUUGUUCACCCAGCAGUGGUAUGGAAACGCAUAUUGAGGAGGUCAUCGCGCUACGACUUGAAGACUCAAUGCCCCUCAACUGGAGAGAUAUUUGCCAGAUGAAGAACCUGCGAUAUUUGGAUUCCGAGAAGGAGUUGAUGUUGGAUGAAGAAGGUGGCAAGCUUCCAAAGAACUUGGUUCUUCUUCGAUGGCGUGGAAAAGUGGACAGUGUUUAUGACCUGGUGUUCAGAGGUUUUGCGGGCCAAUUGGUUGUUCUGGACUUGAAAGCACCUCUCACAUGUUUGCCAACAACCAUCAGCGAGUUCCGAAACCUUGAAGUUCUGAAAUUGGAAGGCUGCCUCUUCCAAAGUCUCCCCGAAACGUUCGGACAACUUCCCAGGCUUCGUCAUUUGACAUUUAGAAAUUGCGGUAGACUUCGUUCACUCCCCGAAGCUUUCGUACGGCUCACGGAGCUGCAGUCUUUAGAGCUUCGAUUCUGUUCUAAUUUUGAAAAAUUUCCCGCUCCGAUGGAGCAGCUCCCCAGCAUGGAGUUGUUGAUCAUCGAGGGACAUAAGAUUAUUAAACCCUACAUCGAGAGAUUGGAAUUUGGACAUUUGACAUAUACAUACAUUUGGUCACAGGAGAAAACAGAUUGUUCUCCACAUGUAUUUUUAAUAUUAAAAAAUUAAAAUUCCUUAGCUAUAUAUAGAUAGAUAUCUCAUGAAGAGACGUGAUGGCUGAUCAGAAGAAGAUAAAAAACUCGAAUUUGCGUUUCAUUACUCGAACUCAAAUUCUAGAGAUGAAUCUAGAGGAUAUUCAUUAACUGUUACAGUCCAUUAGUCCGGGAGUGUGAUUGCUACUGAAAGUUGGUCAUCAACUUCUACAGUACGGAUGGUCCAAUAGCUCAGUGACCAUGCUUGUUGGAGUGUGAUAUGUAGGUCAAACACUAAUACCAACUAGACGGCAGAUGUGGACCUCUGAAAAUUGUCAUGUGGAUGCAAAUAUGUACAAAGUUAACCGA